UUUCGUUCACUUCAUUUGAUGUUUACUAACUCUGGUUUUUAUUAAAAAUUGCAGAUAAGUAGGAAAUAAGCACAAAACAUGUUUAAUCAAAGUACACUAGGUGGUAGUUUUGGGGCAGCUCCUACUCCUAGUAAUGUAAACCCCAUGAAAGAUUUUGAAGUAGUAUCACCACCAGAAGAUUCCAUAAGUUCCAUGGCAUUUUCUCCUGCAACUUUACCGCAAAAUUUUUUGAUAACAGGCAGUUGGGAUAAUAAUGUAAGAUGUUGGGAGAUUGAACAAAAUGGCACUAGCAUUCCAAAAUCAAUGCAAACAUGUGGAGGUCCAGUUCUAGAUGUAGCUUGGAGCGAUGAUGGUACUAAAAUUUUUAUGGCUGGUUGUGACAAACAAGCUAAAAUGUGGGAUUUGGCCAGUAACCAAGUAGUUCAAGUAGCCAUGCAUGAUGCUCCUAUAAAAACAUGUCACUGGAUCAAGGCCCCAAAUUACUCUUGUUUGAUGACAGGCUCAUGGGAUAAAACACUUAAAUUCUGGGAUAUCCGUAGCCCUAGCCCUAUGAUGAGCAUUAAUUUACCAGAAAGGUGUUAUUGUGCUGAUGUAGAUUACCCUAUGGCUGUCGUUGGAACUGCUGGAAGACAGAUUAUUGUGUAUGGGUUGGAAGGGAAACCACAGGAAUACAAGAAGCUUGAUAGCCCUCUGAAGUAUCAACAUAGAUGUGUAGCUAUUUUCAGAGAUAAGAAAAAAUCUCCAACUGGUUAUGCCUUGGGUUCUGUGGAAGGAAGGGUAGCAAUCCAAUAUGUAAACCCUUCAAAUCCAAAAGACAACUUCACAUUUAAAUGUCAUCGUUCAAAUGGUACACCGAAUGGCUAUCAAGAUAUUUAUGCUGUAAAUGACAUUGCAUUCCAUCCUGUACAUGGAACUCUAGCUACUGUAGGUGCAGAUGGAUCUUUCAGCUUUUGGGACAAAGAUGCCAGAACAAAAUUAAAAUCCUCAGAGACAAUGGAACAGCCCAUAAGUAGGUGUGCAUUCAACCACAAUGGACAAAUAUUUGCUUAUACUGUAAGCUACGAUUGGAGUAAGGGUCAUGAGUUCUACAACACCCAAAAGAAAAAUUACAUUUUUUUGAGGCCAUGUUAUGAUGAGCUCAAACCAAGAACAUCUUCAUAAUUAUUCUUAGUUGUAUACCAUUUAUUAUAAUCAUGA